CGCCGUCCGUCCGCCGGCCGGCCGGCCGGCCGCCCGUGGGGAGGAUGUCGGGGGCGCCGCCGCCGCCGGACAGCGAGAAGCGGAAGCAGAUCAGCGUGCGGGGGAUUGCGGGCCUGGGCGACGUGGCCGAGGUGAGGAAGAGCUUCAACCGGCACCUGCACUUCACGCUGGUGAAGGACCGCAACGUGGCCACCCCCCGCGACUACUACUUCGCCUUGGCCCACGCCGUGCGCGACCACCUGGUCGGCCGCUGGAUCCGCACCCAGCAGCACUACUACGAGAAGGACCCCAAGCGCAUUUAUUAUCUGUCUUUGGAAUUCUAUAUGGGCCGUACCCUGCAGAACACAAUGAUCAACCUGGGUCUCCAGAAUGCCUGUGAUGAAGCAAUUUAUCAGCUGGGAUUGGACUUGGAAGAACUGGAAGUAGAAGAAGAUGCUGGCCUUGGAAAUGGAGGCUUAGGGAGAUUGGCAGCCUGUUUCCUGGACUCAAUGGCCACCUUGGGUCUGGCAGCCUAUGGCUAUGGGAUCCGUUAUGAAUUUGGCAUUUUUAAUCAGAAGAUUGUCAAUGGCUGGCAGGUUGAAGAAGCUGAUGACUGGCUGCGCUAUGGCAAUCCCUGGGAGAAAGCUCGUCCUGAGUACAUGCUUCCCGUGCAUUUCUAUGGGAGAGUGGAGCACACAACAAGAUGGUGUAAAUGGCUGGAUACUCAGGUGGUGCUAGCCAUGCCAUAUGACACUCCAGUGCCGGGCUACAGGAACAACACUGUUAAUACGAUGAGACUGUGGUCUGCCAAAGCUCCUAAUGAUUUCAACCUCCAGGAAUUUAACGUAGGGGAUUACAUUGAGGCUGUCCUGGAUAGAAAUCUGGCAGAAAACAUCUCCAGAGUACUGUAUCCAAAUGAUAAUUUUUUUGAAGGAAAGGAGCUCCGGUUGAAGCAGGAAUACUUUGUGGUGGCUGCCACACUUCAGGAUAUCAUACGCCGCUUCAAGUCAUCCAAGUUUGGUUGUCGAGAUCCAGUGAGAACUUGCUUUGAAACAUUCCCAGACAAGGUUGCCAUUCAGCUGAAUGACACCCACCCAGCACUCUCCAUUCCAGAACUCAUGCGCAUUUUGGUGGAUGUUGAAAUGGUGGACUGGGAUAAGGCCUGGGAGAUCACGAAGCGGACAUGCGCAUACACCAACCACACUGUACUGCCCGAGGCUCUGGAACGCUGGCCAGUCUCCAUGUUUGAGAAGCUGCUGCCACGCCAUCUGGACAUCAUCUAUACCAUAAAUCAGAGACACCUGGAUAAUGUGGCUGCCCUGUUUCCUGGGGAUCUGGAGCGCCUGAGGAGGAUGUCCAUCAUCGAGGAAGGGGACUGCAAGCGCAUUAACAUGGCCCAUCUGUGUGUGAUUGGAUCUCAUGCUGUCAAUGGAGUGGCCAGGAUUCACUCUGAAAUCGUGAAGCUUUCUGUUUUUAAAGAUUUCUAUGAACUAGAGCCUGAGAAGUUCCAGAAUAAGACAAAUGGAAUCACUCCUCGGCGCUGGCUUCUGCUCUGCAACCCUGGACUGGCAGACAUCAUAGCAGAGAAAAUCGGGGAAGAUUAUUUGACUGAUUUAAGCCAGCUGAAGAAGUUACUGCAGUUUGUUGAAGAUGAAUCAUUUAUAAGGGACGUGGCCAAAGUCAAACAGGAGAACAAGCUGAAGUUUUCUGCUUUCCUAGAGCAAGAGUACAAGGUGAAAAUCAACCCUUCCUCCAUGUUUGAUGUGCACGUGAAGAGAAUUCACGAGUACAAGAGGCAGCUCCUGAACUGCUUACAUAUCAUCACAUUAUACAACCGGAUCAGGAAAGACCCAGGCAAAACCUUUGUGCCAAGGACUGUCAUGAUUGGAGGGAAGGCAGCACCUGGCUACCACAUGGCCAAAAUGAUCAUCAAGUUGGUCACCUCGAUUGGUGAGGUUGUUAAUCGGGAUCCAGUUGUUGGAGACCGGCUGAAAGUGAUCUUCUUAGAGAACUACCGAGUGUCCUUUGCCGAGAAAGUAAUUCCCUCAGCGGACCUGUCUCAGCAGAUCUCUACUGCGGGGACAGAGGCCUCGGGCACAGGAAACAUGAAGUUCAUGCUGAAUGGAGCCCUCACCAUUGGUACCAUGGAUGGUGCUAAUGUGGAAAUGGCCGAAGAAGCUGGCGAGGAGAACCUGUUCAUCUUUGGCAUGAGGGUAGAGGAUGUGGAGGCAGUUGAUAGGAAAGGGUACAAUGCCAGGGAGUACUAUGACAGGCUUCCAGAAUUGAGACAGGUAAUUGACCAGAUCAGCAGUGGAUUCUUCUCCCCAAAGGAACCCGACUGCUUCAAGGACGUUGUGAACAUGUUGAUGCACCAUGACAGAUUCAAAGUGUUCGCAGAUUUUGAAGCCUACUUGGACUGCCAGGCUCAAGUGGACCGACUGUAUAGGAACCCAAAAGAGUGGACCAAGAAAGUCAUCAAGAACAUUGCUUGCUCUGGCAAGUUUUCCAGCGAUCGGACAAUAACUGAGUAUGCCAGAGAGAUCUGGGGAGUGGAACCCUCAGAUGACAAGAUACCUCCUCCCAACAUCCCCAGGGAAUAAGCUUCUCCAUGCUACCCAAGGGCUCGUGGUGACUGCCUACUGUCAGCGCGGGUUCUGGGUUAAAGUGCUGUCUUGUUUGUAGUUGGCUUUGCACACCUGCAGUUUGCAUGUACUUUCUUGCCA